AUGAGGCUCUCACAGCUCCUAGCAGCGGCAUUGUUGCCCUUCACAGCCCUCGCGGCCAAGAAGACCUCCGGAGAACGCUUCCUCGAAGCACGCAGCAAAUCGCAACCUAUCAAGGUCGACGACAAGUCCUACGAUGCCUUGACCAAAGCUCCGCGCGACUACUCGGUCGCUGUCCUCCUGACGGCUAUGGAUGCGAGAUUUGGAUGUCAGUUGUGUCAAGAAUUCCAGCCGGAGUGGGAGUUGUUGGCGAAGAGCUGGACAAGAGGGGAUGCGCAAGGGGAAUCCGGGUUGGUGUUUGGAACAUUGGAUUUCAUGGACGGCAAGGCGACGUUUCAGUCGGUAUGAGACAAUGGUUACCAGGAGCACCGGAGACAAUUGCUGAUAUUGGGGCAGUUGAUGCUGCAAACCGCGCCCGUCUUGCUCCUGUUCCACCCAACUACUGGGCCACACGCGAGAACGAACAAGCCAAUGGAGAGAUUGGACUUCAAUACUGGGUAUGCUCCCACCUCCAGCCCUCCUACAUCACCCAUCUCUAAUGUCUUGCACAGCAUCAAUUCGGCCGACAGCGUCCACGCAUGGCUAACCCGCCAGCUGCCCGACCGCCCGCACCCCAAACUCGUGCGUCCCAUCAACUACGUCAAAAUCGCCGUAACGACAACUUCCAUCCUCGGCGUCAUCACCUUCCUCACGGUCGCCGCUCCUUAUAUCUGGCCUAUAAUCUCCAACCGCAACCUCUGGGCCGCAAUCAGCCUCAUUGCCGUCUUGCUCUUCACCAGCGGGCAUAUGUUCAAUCACAUCCGACAUGUACCCUACGUGGGAGGAGAUGGCAAGGGAGGCGUGAGCUAUUUCGCAGGAGGCUUUCAGAAUCAAUUUGGGCUGGAGACGCAGAUUGUGGCUGCGAUGUGUAAGUGCAGACAUUCCAUCCUCUGCUUUGGCGUCGGAGAGACUGACGUGGUAACACAGAUGGCGUCCUUUCCUUCGCUACCAUCAGCCUGGCCCUGAAAGUCCCACGCAUGGCCGAUCCACGCUCUCAGCAGAUCGCUGUCUUGGUCUGGGGCGGUGUCCUCUUGGUUAUGUAUUCGUUUCUGCUCAGCGUCUUUCGCGUGAAGAACGGCGGAUAUCCCUUCUGGCUACCACCAUUCUAG